AUAAAUAUUGUUUCAUGGGUUUGUUGUUAAUUGAAUAGUUAAUGUAUAAUUUUAAUGUAUGUUUAUUUUUUAUUUUAAAUUGUUAAAUCCAGCAUUACAUUGCAAACAAAAGCCCCAAGUGUUAAUCUGACCUAAUCUAAUCUCAGUCUGAACCUCGGAGCUGCAUUCCACAGAUACCAGGCUGAGCUCUGAAGCUCAACGUCGCGGUCAUGAGCUCCACUUCAGGCCCAGCACAUGACUUCUUUCUGCCCGGUUGAUCAUCGGACUCCAGUCGGCUGAGCUGCUGCUGCUGCUGGAGCCGGAGGAGGUGAUCCACCGGAGAAAACUCAAUCCCCGGAGCGGUAUCUAAACACACCCUGCUGCUCCUCCUCAGACGCUCCUCCUCAGCUGAUCCUCCUGUUUUAACGUCGGCAGAGUCGGUCACAUGACCAGCAGGGUUAAACUGGUGCGGAAGGAAACAGCAGCUGACGCCGCGAUGGAAGCGUCUACUCCCGCUAUGAAGUGCACGAAACACCGGUGACCGAGCGCCGCCGCAGCUGCGGAGUACACACACACUGGAAGGAAAUGAGAGGAUCGUCCACGGACACAGUGUGUGUCGGGUUCAUGGAGUAAAUAGUGCAGCAGGACAGAGCUGCAUCUGUGGUCCAGAUGAGGUGCUUACUAAUAGCCAGUGAGAGUGCAGAGGUCCUGUUCCACUGGACCGACCCAGAAUUUCAGCAGAGCAUCCAGCAGCAGUAUGGAUCAUCUCAGGAGGACGGACACGGGCUUCCAGCCUUUGAGGACAGCAUCAGCACUCUGUUUGCCCCCAUCAUUAUCUCCUGCAGCACCAUGGUGGACAGGCUGGGUGACGGCUACACCUCCUUCACCACAGAGAACAACCACAUCUACGCCCUUCACCAGUUUGACGAGUGUCUCUACAUUGCUGUGAACGGUGACGGCGAGGAGGAUGAGGAUGUUCUGAGGAGGAAGAUCUAUGUGAUGAAGAAAAUGAUCGAGGUGCUGUUCGGCAUGGUGACCCUCAGCAGUCAGCUCCUGAGAAGAGAACUCCGUCCUCAGGACACAGAGCAGAGAGCUCGAUUGUGGAAACAUCUCCAGGGUCUGCUGGAGACCUACAGCCACCUCAGAGAGAAUGACCAGAGCUUCUUAGUGGAGGCAGUGGAGCGGUUGAUCCACCCCACGCUGUGUGAGCAGUGCAUUGAGUUCUUGGAGCGCCGUUUGGUCCAGCAGCUCAACAGCAGCACGGAGAAAGCGGGAGAGGAAGUGCUGCACGCCUUCAUCCUGGUACACACCAAACUGCUGGCCUUCUACUCCAGCCGCAAUGCAAGCACACUGGCGACCUCUGACCUGCUGGCACUCAUUAUCGUGGCACAGAACAUGUAUCCCAGCAGUGUGGACCUGGACGACUCCAGUCCUGAGGAUGUUGACAGUACUUCAGGCUCCGGUCCUGAAAGUUUUUACACUCCAGAGCCGUCACCUACAGACAGGACCUCCAUGAGUUCAGACAAACCAGAGAGAGGAAACACCCCUGUGUUUGAAUUCAUGGACCCGGACGUUCAGAUGGCUGAGGACAGUUUACAAGCUCUGGACGUUCCUGCUCCUGAUCCCUCGACACCGCGCCGAGUCUUCUUAGAGAUUUCCAGCAAAGACGGGCUUUAUGCCAUGAUGCCUCACUCCAUGUACUGUCUGCCCCUGUGGCCUGGCAUCACACUGGUGUUGCUCACCAAGGUUCGUGGGUGUAAACAGAUUCCCACCAGUGCCGUAGCCAUGUCCAUCUAUAAGUUUCUGGAAGCUUUCACCAAGUUGGAGAAGUGUUUAGGUGAAGGUCAAGACAGUUCUGCUGCGUCUAGAGGUCAGCUGGCCAUUCACGACAUCCGCAGUAAACUGGAUAAAUUCAUCAAAGCUCUGGGGCCCAGUGAGUUACAGUCUGCACAGUUACUAAAUGUCUGGACAGAGUUCAAAAACCGAGCUUUUGUCAGAGGUGGAUCUGGCUUCAACAAAGAUCUCCUUCCCUGGUGUACGAGAAUGAAAACCCAGCUGUGUGGGAUUUAUAGACAGUGUUUUCUGUCACCGUGUGGACCCGGUGACGUCACUCAACGUUUGUCCAGUAGUCUACAGGAACGGGCCCAGACCAUGGUGCAAGAAAAACUGAUGGAUUGGAGGGACUUCCUGUUGGUGAAGAGCAAACGAAACAUCACAAUGGUGUCUUACCUGGAGGAUUUCCCAGGUCUCAUCCAUUUCAUCUGUGUGGACCGAUCCACCGGUCAAAUGAUUGCACCGUCACUCACCAUCACUGAACGCACCACGUCUGAGCUGGGGAAAGGACCGCUGGCUCAGUUUUUCAAGAACAAGGUGUGGAGUCUGGUCAGCACCACCAGAUGCUUCCUGCGAAAGGGUUAUUCCACGGUGACACUGCGGGACGGAGACUUCUACUUCUGCUACUUCCUGUGGUUUGAAAAUGACACGGGGUACAAGUUAGAAGCAGGAGACUUGCCUAUCCUACCUGAUGACUCCGCCCCCAUUGGAAUGCUGGCCUGGGAUUACUACAGGAAGCUGCAGAGGUAUUACAGUAAGAGCCACCAGGGGGAGGUAGUGAGGUGCUACGAGCUGCUGACCGUUCACCUGGGGGUCAUCCCCACGGAGAUCAUCCUGCAGCACUGCAGACAGCUGGCCAGCAAACUGUGGGAGCCUUCACGAAAUCCGCUACUGUAGAUACUGCAAUACUACUGUAAUACUGGAAAAAAAUCAGACUUUUUCACGUUUUUGGGUUUUUUUUAGCACUUACAUGGACAGUUUAUUUGUUGCAUUCACAAUAUCACUUCUAAACAUGUACAAUUAUUUGUUUGUUAUGAUGAUAAUGUGGCUGUUUUUACUCUUUUAGUACUCCAUAAUAAAAAAUAAAGCGUAUGAAAAAAUACUUAACA